UGUGGUCACAGUCUUGUGAAAUAUAAAAGGAGAAGGCAGCUUUCUUAAACAAGCUGGUGCCAGGAUCCUGUAGCGAGAAGGAAGGGAGGUGCUGGAAGAAAUGCAGAGCAAGAAGUCAAGAGUGUCAGCUGGGAAAGGUGUGGGAAACACUGGUGCUCUGAGCCUCAGGAACACCAUCAGCUCUUCCCUGAAGGCCUGUUUGCUGGUCUGAGGGUUACAUGGUAGCUGCACCCCCUUCCCCAGCAGGCUGGCUUAGAGGAGAACGGAGCUAUCAUGUCCCAAGGAGAAGCAGCAGGACGUGGUGCUGCCAAGCCCCAGGACCAGGGAUGGGCAUGGAUGGUCCUGCUGGCUGCGGUGGUGCUGCAGGGGCUGACGUUGGGCUUCACCAGCUGCCUCGGUGUCUUCUUCACGGACCUCCAGCAUGAGUUCCAGGCCAGCAACAGCCAGACAUCAUGGUUCCCGUCCAUCGUGGUGGCCGUGCUGCAUGGAGGGGGGCCCCUCUGCAGCAUCCUGGUGAAACAGUUUGGCUGCAGGUUUGCAGUGAUGCUGGGAGGGCUGCUCAGCGGGCUGGGAAUGGUGUCCAGCUCCUUCUGCAAGUCCAUCAGCCAGCUGUACCUCACGGCCGGCCUCAUCACUGGUCUGGGAUCAUGUUUCAGCUUCCAGGCAGGAGUGACUAUGCUGGGCUACUACUUUGUACGGUGGCGAACACUGGCCAAUGCCAUGGCCUCCACUGGUGUCUCCCUCGGUUUCACACUGUGGCCACUGCUGUCUCAAUACCUGCUGGAUGAAAUGGGUUGGAGAAACACCUUCCUCAUCUUUGGAGGAAUACUACUGAACUGCUGUGUUUGUGGAGCCAUCAUGAGGCCCAUUCAGCUGGCAUCAGGGUCACUUCCACAGUCUGCCAAGCCCAAAGAGGAACCAGGGAGCAGAGCAGAAGAGGCACAGAUGUCCAACGGAGCAUCUUCUUACCACCCCACACUUCAGCAGCACAACAGAAGGACAAAAUGCUUCCAGAUGCUGCAGAAGUACCUGGCUUUUGACAUCUUCUGUGAAAACAAAGGUUACCAGAUUUACACUAUUGGAGUGACCUGGAUGAUGAUGGGGUUUGCCUUACCCCAUGUCUACCUUGUGCCUUAUGCCACCCACAAUGGGGUGGAGGAACGAAAGGCAGCUCUCCUCAUCUCCAUCAUUGGUUUCAUCAACAUCUUCAUCCGCCCUCUCACAGGGCUGCUCUCAGGACACAGAGUCUUCACAGGGAGACGCAUCUACCUGUUCAGCCUGGCUGUGCUCCUCUGUGGGCUCAGCAAUUUCAUCUGUGUCAUUUCAGCUGAGUUCAGUGUGCUCAUCCUCUACUGCAUCAUCCUCAGCAUAGCCAUGAGUGGCGUUGGGGCGCUCACCUUCCAGGUGCUGAUGGAUGUGGUAGAGAUGGACAGGUUCUCCAGUGCUCUAGGGCUCUUCACCAUCCUAGAGAGCAUCACCCUCCUUAUUGGGCCCCCACUCACAGGUCUCCUGGUAGACAUAACCAGUGAUUUUCACUACGUCUUCUACAACUCCAGCUUCUUCCUGAUAUCGGCUGCAUUAUUUAUGGGGUUCAGCUACUGGGCUCUGGAAAAAAAAAACAAAUUGAGAGAGGCUUCCAAAGCAUGUUUGGACAAUCCCUCCAGAUAUCAAUACAGUGAAACAUCAACAGAACCAAAGGCUGAAAGUCAAUCCCCUCCAGCAUUUGAGUACAUCACGAGCAUAUGAAAAUAAAGAAGGGGAAAAAGAGCCAUACCAUGAAAUGGUCUGUACCAAGCAAUACACGGCCCAAUACUGAUGGCAGAUGAGAAAAAACCAGUCUGCUUUCCACAACUGUCAUCUUCCUUUUGCACUUCCACUCCAUAGGACCUUGUCAGAUUCCAAGACCUUGUCCAAUUCCAGACCAUGGGCUUAGUCCAGAACCCAGCACUAGCCAAGGAGAUGAAGCACAAGGAGACCUGACCUCUCCUAAAGCAAACCAUGGGAUAACAGCCAUGGGACCCAGUGCCAGGAGACAAAGGCUGUGACAGUUCAGUUGGGUUAAGUCACCACCUUUAAUAAGUCACUGGAAUUUCACAAGCACAUUCCAGUUGGAAGUGCUGAAUAACAUGUAUUAAUGGGUAGUUCUUCACAAAGAACUAUUGUUGCCUCAUCUGAAUACACAAUUUUGGUGCACAGGCUUCCUGUUUGCUUCCCAUGUUGACUCUGGCAAGACAAACACUUUCCAUAAGGAAGUGUGUUAUUAUUUUCUGCAUCUCUAAAUACUAUACAAAAGCAGCUGUGUGGGUUGUAGAACUUGGACAAGUCUCUAGUAAGAUCAACGGUUUUCUCUAUGAAGCACAUACAUGAGUUUUUCAUGCCAAGGACUAUUUCAAAGCCUCAAAAUUCAAAUCCAGAGCCUCAAAAAAACCCCAAAAAACAACCCACCAAGCCUUGAGUGCCUGCUUUCUAUAACUACUGAUGUCUUAAGUGCUGUUUAAUAUAUCAUAAAAGAGGAUUCAUGGCUCAUGUAAACACACUUCAGCAUUAACUGGAAGCCAUUUGGGGCAGGGAGGGUAAUAUCAGACCUAAGAAUAAGUAUAUGCAUCCUUUUAUAGGGCAAAAUUCAAAGCAACUGCAGUUCCUCUUUGUGGAGAUCAGUUCAGCUCUUUAGUCUUAGACUUUUGAACUUAAUUACACCAGCAUUCUCAUUACAGAGAACUUUGUACAAACAUAACUUCUAUUUCUUAUAAGCAGAAGCAGAACUUACAAAGAAAUCUGUGGGAAAGCAUACUGAGAAAAGCCAGUGUUGCUGACUUUCAAUCCAGCCAUUUGGCUCUAAGUGGCUUUCUCUGCCACAUUCCCAGGAUUUAGGCUUGUCACUGCUCAGACAAUGGCUGCAGCAGCCUCAGUAUCAGAGAUGCAAACUGUUCAUAUUCUGUCAUCCCUGAUCUGACAGACAUGGGUAACAGCUCAUGAAGCAUGUGGAUAAAGAUAACCAAACACAUCAGAACAAUCAGAAAGAUGGAAGUACAAAAUGGGAGUGAAAUGGAAGAAGUAAGAGCUUUCAAUGGAACUGCAGUGCCUCUCUAAGAACUGUUAUAUCAAACUUAGCUGCAGUGCUUAUCUGGAGAACUGUCCUGUCAGAUUCCUAGUGACAAACUCACAGUUUUCAUUAGAGCUCCCCAGACAAAAAAAACAAACCAAUAAAAAAAAACCCCACUCUGGAUGAAACCACCAGAAAACUGACUCCAAGGUCUUCAGAGACUACAAUGGCUUGGCAGGUGGCUUUUACACAGAAGGGGCACCCACCCUUCAGAAGAGUUCCUGUUCCCACAGCUCAGUAUCUUCUCCAAUAAUGCCCUGGGAUUAUAGACCCAGGAGGAUUUGCAUUUCCUGAACAAACCUAUACUUAAAUAAGAUGAUUAGUGGGAGAUACACACAUUCAAUCUCUAUUCACAUGUGUUUAUUAACUUAUGUAAUGCUUACAUGGUCCAUGACUAUGAAGUAAACAAGGACUGGUUCUUCUCAGCUUACCAACACAGACUGCUGUACACUCCUAGGAAAAUGAGGGGGUUUUCUCUCUCACAAAAAAAAAAAAAAAAAGCAAUAAAAAGGAAUUAACUCCCAAACAUCUUCUAGCUACUGCAAAUAAACAGCUAAGCAGCUGAACAGAUUGCCAUUUUCUCAGUGUGUAAUUCUUAAAUUUUAAAUUCUGUUCACCUUUCUAGAUUCUCUUUCUGUUUUCUAAAAGAAAUAUGAUGUUAUGUGGCCCCAGAUACUCCCACUGUUAUAAAUGUCCUGGGCAAAAUAGGCAAGAUAUAGUGUAAGCUACAAUCCACCAAAAUUUCCCACAGGAAACAAAGGUUAGGUGAAAGAGCAGUGGGAGGCACCUACUGCACAGAGCCAACUGAUCCACCUGUAAUGCUUUCACCCUGGCUGCUUCAUAAAAAAGGAAAUGUACAGGGCAAAACCAAAAAAUCUUCACCAACUGAAGCUGACACUGAAAUCAGCUCCUCCUACACCAAGGCAAAGAUACCUGUCUUGAUAAUUUCUUGACUGUGUGCAGCAGUGCAAGAGAAAUUAGGAUGGAAGGCAAGGAGAGUGCUUUUCAGAAGUGCUUUUUGAUAGUCCCAGACUCAUCACUGGGGUCACUGGGACUUAUUCACAAGCACAGAGAGACGUUUCUGGAAAGAAAAACAACCGAUUCACAAACCUUUUAUUUUAACAUUUCUCAAUUGCUGACUGAAACCUUUCUAAUAGAACUCAAGCCUGAAAACAGAGUUGUCUCCCCUGGUUACUUUCCACAGACCCUUUGAAGGUAAUCCACAACCCACAGGUUAGAAGUAAGUCCUGAGCAGAGGAAAAGUAACAUUUCAUGCUGUGUUUGCACCGGUGAAUAAGAUGUCUAAGCUCCCAUAACAGAGAAAAGAAUCCCCCUCCUUUCCACGGGUCUCCUCUCCCGUGUGUGUUUCCAACCUGAACUCCAAGCUGUCUUGAGCAGGAGCUUGGCAAAGGGUAACAGGAGGCACCUGAGCGUGCUACAGAAUAAUAAAUAUUCCCUCUCAGAGGGAUCCUACAGGUGCAGCAUCACCCAAUCUUUAGGAAUUUUGUGGACCAAAAGGAAAAGAAAACAAUAGAAGUUCCCCUCAUUAGUUUAAGGUCAGCCCUUUACACAAGGCCAUCACAGCCCCACUGAAGCAGUUUCUUUAACACCUGCAGACAGUAAAAUAAUCGUGGCUUUAAUUUGGGACAAACACUAAUAACUCAGCCAGGGUACAAACCUCUGAGAAACAGCAUAGCCACAAAAAUUGACCACAAUUAAAUGUUUCUUGCUCCCCAUGUCCCUCUUGCCCCUCACCUGCUUCCUUUAUCAUGGAAGAUAUUCUGACCAUUGCAAGAUAAGCAUUUUGGCAAGAAGCACGUUUCCUCACGGAAAUGAAACAUUAACUGGGAAGUUCUCACUGAAAUAUUGCAAUACCAUGAUCCUUAAAAGUCUAAGAUUCUCUGCCAGGGUAAUACUUGGGAAAGUUUAAUAUUAAUAUUAUUUAUUUAUAUUUAAUAACAAUAAAACCCAAAUAAAGGUUUAGAGUUCUUACACACUCUAAGACACUUCCGAAGUGCAAAAUCACUUAAUUUGAGAGCUUGACUUGCUGUUUGCAGACAUGGCUAGUAGAUAUAAGAAAAGAAAUAACUACUAGAAAUUAAAAUUUCCUGAAUUCUGGCUUCAAUGUGCUAUCAAAGUCACCAGAAUAGCCACUGGAGCUGUGACUACCCCAGCUAGAUCAGCCCCUGCUCUGGGAACUGUUCUGGCAAACAGCAAGUGCUUCAAGCACUCAGACCAUUAAACUAUACAGCCAAUAUUGGGUGGGUAAAUGCAGUUCUUACAAACAGAAGUAAUUGCAUUUUUCCUUUUUAAAUACAGUUUCCCCCUCUUAUUAGUCAAUCCCAGUAGCACUUUGUUUGUAUGGACUAGCUCCCUGUGUUUGCUUUCUCCGCUCCUGCUUUCCCACAUUACUCAUUCACCUU